AUGUACCCGAUGGCAUGCGAAGUCGGCAUCCCGAGGCCCGCGCGGCGAUCGACAUUGGCUCGCCUCCGCGCCGUCCAGCACAAUGUUGAGCAGCACUGGACAACCUUGGCGUCGGCGCUCUCGCUCGAGGCGGCGACCAAUACCGACCAGCACGACGUGCUCUUUGCCAUGGUGCACGGCGUCUCGAUGACGGCCAUGGUGGCGCGCGCCUGGCAGAGUCUACAAGCCGUCUUUGACGCUGCAGCGGCGCGCUGGGAAGAGCGGCCGGAGCCCACGCCCACGCAGCUCUGCGACGCGAUCGUGGCCAGCGGCAAGGAGCAGAAUCGCCAGCUGCAGGCACACGUCGAUGCGUGUAUGGCGGCGAUGCAAGCGAUGGAGACGCGGUACACGGCCGCGCUGGAGGACACCAAGGCCGCCAACCACGCACUGGACGCCAAGCUCAGUGAGGUGCUCAUGUUGCUGCGUGGAAAGGUUGUCGAGGGAUUUUGA